AUGGCGCUGAACGAGAGCCUCGCCAGGUUCCGGCUGCUGCAGGAGAAGAACCAGGCGGCUCUGUCCGCCAUCGCCGCAAUCAGGACCUCAUCAUCAUCGUCCACUAAGCCGUCCCAGCGGCAGGCCGCUCCAACUCCACGGCCGGCGGCUAAACCAUCCCCGUCCCCGCCCGCGCCCAUGCCUGCCGCCGUCGUCAGGUUCUCCGAUGACACGGCGCGGCUACGGAAGAUCAACGAGGUGAGGACGUCCACCGUCGGGCACCAGAUGAAAAGCGUGAUCGACCUGCUCGACAAGACGAGGGAAGCUCUUACGACGCAUCAGAUCAACCAACGGACCUACGUCGACAUCGACGGCAACCGGACCCUCGCCGAGAGCCUGAGGAACAACCCCAAAGUGCGCUUCGACGGGCGGCGCUACUCCUACAAGCCCACGCACGACGUCAAGGCCAAAGGCGAGCUGCUCUCGCUCAUCAGAAGCUUCCCCGACGGCCUCCCGGCGUCCGAGGUGGAUGACGCCUAUCCAGCCGUCUUGGAAGAUCUGCAGGCCCUCAAAUCCUCGGGCGACGUCUAUCUGCUGCCGGGGGAGGGAGGCAUCAUCGCGUACCCGAACGACGACCCGAGGUCGAGGAUGGAGGUGGACGGCGAGCUCAAGAAGCUGUUCCACGACAUCAAGCUCCCGCGGGAGAUGCUCGACAUCGAGAAGGAGCUUCGGAAGAUCGGCGAGAGGCCGGCCACCGACACUGUGAAGCGGCGCGCGGCGGAGCAGCUCCAUGGCCGGCAGCCGAAGCCCAAGAAGGCCAAGAAGAAGUCGCGCGGGAUCACCAGCAGGACCAAGCUCACCAACGUUCAUCUCCCGUGGCUCAUGGACCUGCCUGUCGACUCGAAAGAUAUCAUCUAA